AUGUCUUCCCCAAACGCGUUUCCUUCUCUCGAUACCUCUCUUCCCCCACCUGGCAACCGCGUGUCAUCCGCCUCUCCCACCGCUCCUUCCUCUGUCAACGGCAGCAAUGGCAUCGGCCCUGGGUCGGGUGCGGCAGGAGCUGCAGGAUACAUGCCUCCUCUACCGGUCGGACAUCAGCAAGACCUGAAUCAUCUCUUCAACCAAAUUCAAGAGUUGGGAGCCCUAUUGAGAAGCAACCGCGACAAAGUCAAUUCCAUCACACGUAAUGCAGAGGAAGUCGCGAAACGCGCAAAUGGAGCGCUUACAGAUGGCGGGUCGGCCCAGCCAGAAAAUGACAAAGCGAAGAUCCGCGAACUGGAACUGGAACUCGCGAAGCAGAAACACCUCGUCGAACUCUACAAGCACGAACAAAAGGAGAACACAACCUUGAUCGGCAUGUACGAAGAAGCAAUGGGGACUGCGGUCGAACAAAUACGAAACUACUGCGGCGACAUCGAGGGUCGAUUCUUGCGACAACGCAGACAUUACAACGACCUCUUGCAGCAGGAGAAGGACGACCACUUACAGUCACGCCUUGAUAGGGAUCACUGGUACGCGCAAACAGUCAAGGUGUGUGAGAUGAUUAGGACGGCGCACCGAUUGAGAACCGAUGAGUGGUGCGAAGAGUACACCAUCAUCGCCGCGUUGCAAGGGGAGGUGAGGUGCUUGAGACGAUGCAUUGGGAUGGAGCCAGAGAAGCCAGAGGAGGAAACCGGCUGGCCAUAUCUGAAGGACUUGCCUCUGCCUGAGUAA